AUGCCGCUCGGCAUAUCGCGAACGUCCCGGUUACUGCCGAUAAUUUCGGUCCAGCGUGGGAUGCUCUGGUACGAGAACAAACGUGCUAUCGUUAGCGCUCAUUUGGACAAGUUUUUCGCUAUUGCCCCAAUCGCGCGCAAAUCGGUCAGUGAUUUGAAAGGCUUGGUAUCUACCGUUAAGGAAGCUCUCGGUGGGCUCGGAGCUCUCGGCGCGCCUAUCGAUUCGUGGGAUUUCAUCUUGGUUCACUUUAUUACUCGUCGACUCGAUCCCGAGACGCACGAGGCGUGGGAGCUGCGUCAGGGUACAGCUACGGAUCCAGCAACGUUCCGCGAGCUCGACGACUUUCUGGAUGGGUGCAUUCGCGCUCUAGAGGUGAUCGCUCCCGGGAAUUCCAGCAAGAAUGUCAAAGCCGCUAAAACGCUCGCUAUGAAGCCUGCCUCGCACGUUAACGCCGCCAACGCUUACUCGCUCAAGUGCUCCUUCUGUGAGUUCUCACUUCAUAGCCUCCUGUUACGAAUUCGCUGCCAAACCGACGGAAGACCGACGCGAUCCUGCAUCGAUCCCACGUUUGAGUUCGACGCUGUUGCUUACGUUGUGCCUCGCGUGAUGAUCCGGGCGCCAGUAGAGGAGGUGGAUCCGACUGCAUGGAGUCAUCUGGGCAAUCUGCCUCUGGUUGAUCCAACCUGGUAUAAGCCUGAACCGGUGGACCUCAUCCUUGGCUCGGACGUCCUCGGCCAUCUAUUCGGCGAAACCUUCCGUCGUGGUACUCCGCGACAACCCGUCGCGCGGCAUUUCAAGCUCGGCUGGGUAAUAUACGGCCCGUCUGGCGUGGUACCGAGCCUGUCUACGCCCACUGCUUCGCCGUCGCAUGGCAUUAGCAAUUGCCCAGAACGGGAGCUCGAGACUCUACUUCGCCAAUUCUGGACGCAGGAGGAAGUCGCGUCCCAAUCCGCACUCACGGAGGAUGAAGCUCAUUGCGAACUCUCGCUCACGCGCGGUGCGUGCUUUCCGCCGACUGCAACAGCGCUUCGUGUCAAUCAAGAACUCGCGCAACUCUACACCGAUUUUCUACAGGAAUACAAGACUCUCGGCCAUAUGGUUAAGACGUCGCCAGCAGACACGCAUUCUGACGCGUCGUUCUUCUUGUCGCAUCACGGGGUACUGCGACCCGGCAGUUCACCGUCUAAAUUGCGCGCCGUUUUCAACGGGUCAGCACCUUCCUCGUCCGGGGUCUCCCUCAACGAAUGCUUGCACGUCGGCCCAAAGCUCCAACAGGAUCUCGCCAAUGUCUUGCUCCGCUGGCGUCGGUACAACUUCGUGUUUCUCGCCGACGUGGAAAAGAUGUACCAACAGAUCGAAGUCCAUCCAAACGACCGCCAUUUUCAGCGGAUAUUCUGGAGCAGAGACGGGCCACCGCAGGAGUAUCAAUUGUGUACGGUGACCUAUGGGUUGUCGUGCGCUCCGUACCUCGCCCUGCGCGUAUUGUUGCAGCUCGCCGCCGAUGACGGCUCUCAAUUUCCACUGGAAAUUGCCAAGCGCUGCCCCAGUCCUCCAAAGCGAGAUGGUGGAUCGCUCCCAUCAUCGUCGUGGCGAAGAUCUUUCUCCAAGGUCUGUGGAAGCUUCAAGUGGUUCCCACUACCGUGGGACCAGCCACUCCCUGCAUCGUGGGCUCAACCAUGGCUGGACUUCGAGGCGGAACUAAACGCCACCUCGUCUAUCUCUCUCUCUCGCUGGCUUGGCAUCCAUCCAUCCGCCUCCAUGGAAAUCCACGGGUUCUUAGAUGCUUCGAACGCAGCCCUCGGAGCUGUGCUCUACUUUUGGUGUACCACGAUCGAAGGUCAAAUCACGGUGUCGCUGAUAAUCGGAAAAAGUAAGGUUGCUCCGCUCAAGCGUCCGACGAUGCCGCGCCUCAAACUUUCUGCAGCCUUGCUUUUGUCUCGCCUUCUGUAUCGAGUCCGCACGACUCUUCAACUCUCGAGUACGCCGGCGCAUCUUUGGACUGAUUCCAGCGUGGUCCUGGCAUGGCUGCAAGGCCACCCCUCCAGAUGGAAGGACUUUGUGUCAAACAGAGUCGUCGCCAUUCACGAUCUCGCUCCUGACGCUUCCUGGCAUCACGUCAGCGGGACAGACAACACCGCGGACUGUGCCUCGCGGGGCCUCUCUCCUCGAGAGCUCCUCACGCAUCUACUCUGGUGGGAUGGCCCACCUUGGCUUUCCUCUCACCUUGCGUCCUGGAACACCGCAGCUCCGCCUCCGGAUGGUACAGUCGAUUUGGAGGAGCGACCGGCUCGACCGUGCUAUGCCAGUGUAACUCGACCGGGCGCUCUCUGGCAGCUCGUCUUCCGCUAUUCUAAAUUCAUGCGCUUGAUCCGUAUCACUGCCCGGCUGUUUCGGGCUGCCGCUCGAUUUCGACGACGCCUUCCAGACUCCGACGCCCUCGCGCUCACGCCGCCGGAAAUAGCAGUCGCCGAAAAGUUUUGGGUGUUGCACAUCCAAAGGGCACAUUUCGCAGCUGAACUUGCCACUCUCUCUCAAGGCUCCGCGCUUCCUCGCACACAUCCGUUCCUGCGCCUUACUCCAUUUCUCGAUCCUGAAGGCAUCCUCCGGCUUGGUGGGCGGCUUCAGAAUUCUUAG